AGUGAUUUACCCCCAGCCGGAGGACCCACUCCCGCUGUGAAUAUCACCACAUAAAUCUCAACCACAACAAACGGAGACGGUGUAGACAGGGACUCGUCUUGCGCCCUCCCAGUCAUCCACAGGUCUGGCAGUCUCACCCACGCCGCGCCGCGCGCUCCCUCGCUAUUAUUUAUUUAUUUGCGUUCCCCUUGAUGCGCGCCCCCGCCGCGCACGCCGGAGCGCUCCUCGCUCCGCGCGCUGCCUCCACUCCGUUUCCUCUCCUCCUCUCGACAGCAUCCAGAACUAUAGCGCACGCGUCCCCAUCACUCUUCUCCCUCCCCUCCUCCUCUUUCUAUCACCGCCAGAUCGCUCUCCUCUGCGUCUCUCACCCCGUCGCCCUCCCACCACCUCCCCAGCUCAGUCCCUCGCUCCUCUGACGCACGACAGGGAAGCGGACCCGAGGAAAGAAAGAGAGAGAGCGAGAGAGACAGGAAGAGAGAGAGAGAGAAAACUGCAGCUGACCCAACCAUCGAUAUGAUCCACAGACUUUUGCUGUUGCUGGACCGAACAGAAACAAGGCCCUGAAGCCGCGAGGAGAGCACUCUCACCCGGCUACACUGUUGUUGAGCGCCUGCCCAGGAGGCGGCGGCGGAGGAGGACAGGGAGGUGGAGGAGGAGAGGCGAGGGGAGGAAGAGGAAGCGGACGGACACAAGUGGAGGACUUGCAUUUUAAGCAAAGCGGUUAGAAAAAAGAAAGAAGGGCAUAUAGUCAGAGUCACCGAAGAGCGGGAGCGGGAGACAUCGCAUUCGCAUCACGUCUUCAUUUCUCCCCUCUCCUCUCGUUUGCCCCAGCCACUGAGAGGCAGAGAGAGAGAGAGAAGUAAAGGAGGGAGACCUAACAAGAUUUAAACAAGCGCUCCCUUUUCCCGAUGCUUUCCAAAUGCAGGACGAAGCAAAGCCCGGCAUCAGACGGUGAGCGGGACGCACCGGGCGAGGACAGGAAACACCGCAGGAGGAUAUGUGAAGUUGGAAUCCCGCUAAACUAACCCCCAUUCCCCUUCCACAUCUGUUCUCUCUGUUGCAGUGCUGUGAAGUGGCUCUGUCCCUGGAGCCGAGACUUCAUCCCCUUGGUGUCAGCAAGGAUGCUGUGGGUUACCUUGCUGAGCACCAUAGCCUUAGGAUGGACCACCCCGAUCCCACUACUAGAGGACUCCGAGGAGAUCGACGAGCCCUGCUUCGAACCCUGCUACUGCGAGGUCAAAGAGGGCAUCUUCCACGUCCACUGUGACAGUAAAGGAUUUACAAAUGUCAGCCAGAUCUCCCAGAUAUGGAGCCGGCCCUUCAAGCUCAACCUGCAGAGAAACUCCAUGAGGAAGCUUUACUUCAACAGCUUCCUCCAUCUCAACAACGCCAUAUCUAUCAAUCUGGGUAAUAACGCCUUGCAAGAUAUCCAUGCUGGAGCGUUCAACGGCUUAGGAAUACUCAAACGGCUGUUUCUACAUGAAAACAAGCUAGAGGUUUUCAGAAAUGACACUUUUCUGGGGCUGGAGAGUUUAGAGUAUCUCCAGGCGGACUACAAUGUUAUCAAAAGGAUUGAAAGUGGUGCAUUCAGACACCUUCACAAAUUGAGAGUGCUCAUACUAAAUGACAAUCUGAUUCCAGUGCUCCCAAAUUACCUUUUUCGGUCUGUGUCACUUACACACCUGGACCUGAGAGGAAACAGACUGAAGACCUUGCCAUAUAAGGGCACGCUGGAGUAUGUUGGGAGGAGCUUAAUGGAAAUCCAGCUGGAGGAGAACCCCUGGAACUGCGUGUGUGAGAUUGUCCAGUUGAAAACGUGGCUGGAGAGAAUCCCUUACACCGCUUUGGUGGGCGAGAUCACAUGUGAGUAUCCAUUCCACUUACACGGGAAAGACCUGCGAGAAAUCAAGCGCACGGAGCUCUGCCCGCUGCUCUCCGACGCCGAGAUUGAGGCCAAGCUGGGAAUUCCGCAGGUCCCUUUCAGCAAUGAGAACACGUGGCCUACUAAACCCUCCUCCAUGCUCUCCUCUUUUCACAACACAGCCUCUUCUGUGGAUUACAAGGAAAGAGUUGUCAAGCCUACCAAACGCCCCCGGACCACAAAGAACCCCCCGACCCCUCGUAGCAUCUACCCAGGCAUCAACCAGCCCCCUAUUGCCGGCUACCAAACAAGGCCUCCCAUCCCCAUCAUUUGUCCGGCUGGAUGCAUUUGCAACCUCCACAUUAACGACCUGGGACUAACAGUAAACUGUAAAGAGAAAGGCUUUCAUAACAUCUCUGAGCUGCUGCCACGGCCCCUUAAUGCCAAGAAAUUAUAUCUCAGUGGAAACCUAAUACAGAAAAUCUAUCGAUCAGACUUCUGGAACUUCUCAAGUUUGGAUUUACUGCAUUUAGGGAAUAAUCGAAUAUCCUACGUCCAGGAGGGCGCCUUCAUCAACCUGCCAAAUUUGAAAAGUUUGUAUUUGAAUGGGAAUGACAUUGAGAGACUCACUCCUGGGAUGUUUCGGGGUCUUCUGAUGUUGAAUUAUCUUUACUUUGAGUAUAAUGUCAUACGUGAGAUACAAGCUAACACUUUCUCCCUAAUGCCAAAGCUCCAGCUGGUUUUCCUCAAUGACAAUCUGUUACGCUCCCUCCCCAGUGAUGCCUUCGCUGGCACCAACCUCGCACGCCUCAACCUCCGCAACAAUUACUUUGUAUCUCUUCCUUUGCACGGCGUUCUGGAGCAUCUGGCCUCCAUUGUCCAAAUUGAUCUCCAUCAAAAUCCCUGGGACUGCUCCUGUGACAUCAUCCCCCUCAAACAGUGGCUGGAAAAACUCUCCUCUGUUAUUGUGGUUGGAGAUGUAAUUUGCAAGACACCCGAGUUCGCUUUCGGGAAGGAUCUGCGCUCGCUGGAGGUCGAGGUCAUCUGUCCUGAGCUGAAGUAUUCUUCAGGCCCCUCUCCUGCCCUGCCUGGUGGGGACGACCUGACUACAGGGAGCUCUGACAUGGGCCAGGCAAAUGGAAGAGGAGCCGUCCCACUGUCUGUUUUGAUCCUCAGCCUACUCAUUCUCUUCAUCUCCGCUGUGUUUGUGGCUGCCGGGCUCUUCGCCUUCGUCCUCCGACGCAGGAAAAAGCUGCCUUUCCGAAAGCGUUCCGAGGUAGAUCUAACGGGGAUCCAGAUGCAGUGCAGAAUCUUUGAGGACCCGCCGAGGCAGAACAGCGCGGGGAACACGGGCACACCGGAAAAACCGACGCAGAGUAUGCACACACACACUCACACCAACCACACACACGCACACGGUCACGUUUAUGAUUACAUCCCCCAUCCUGUGACUCAGAUGUGUAACAACCCCAUCUAUAAGCCUAGAGAGGGGGAGAUAGCAGAGGAAGACAGAUCGCAGUUUUCAGAGAAGAAAGACAAUGGCACCAGUAGCAACAGCAACUACAGAACCUUGUUAGAGAAAGAGAGAGAGUGGACCCUGGCCGUCUCCAACUCUCAACUCAACACCAUCGUCACAGUCAACCACACCACGGCCGACAUGGCAGGAUUUCAUGAGAAUGGAGGGCUCUGCCCCACAGUGAUUGACAGUCAGAGGCCCACGCCGACGGUGGGCUUCGUAGACUGUUUGUAUGGGACAGUACCGAAACUAAAGGACAUGCACGUGGCGCAUGCGCACCCACCAGGCAUGCAGUACCCGGAUUUGCAGCAGGACGCACGGCUGAAGGAGACGUUGCUUUUCGCGGCGGGGAAAGGCUGCUACCCCGACCCGUCCCAAAGCGAUUACCUCGAGUUAAGGGCCAAACUUCAAACCAAGCCGGAUUACCUCGAAGUCUUGGAGAAAUCUUACCGGUUUUAACAUCUCUAGCCCAUGGAGGAAAAAAAAAAAGAUUAUAAAGGUUAACAUUUCAUUUUGCCACCUUCAAAACAAAAAACCCCCAGACCAUUAUUUAAAAAUAAACUUGAAAAAGCAGCAUGUUAAAAAAAUGUUAUCUUACAGUUCUGUUUCCCCCCCAAGUCACUUUGGAGGAGAGGCCAUUCUCAGAUAUUUCAAUGAAGUGCCUUUUUUUCAGAGUAGCCAGCAAUGUCAACAGUCGUUAUUUUUAUAAUAUAUAAAUAUCUCUAAUAUGCCCAAGAGAGAGCAAAAGAGGAAUGAGUGGGGCACCGGGAAGUAAAACAAAUAUCCUAAAAUACAUCUGUCAAUCAAAACCCUUUUUAUGGAGUUACCAUGACAAGACACACGGGAGCUGGACGUCUCCCUGACUUAGGGGGUUUCUUCUGGUCUGUACAAACACCCGGAGGCCGUGCACAUAAAGUUUGUAGUAAAUGAUUGAAAGAGAGAAAAUAUAUAUAUAAAUAUCUAUAUAUAUAUAUAUAUAUAUAUAUAUAAAUUAAAAUGAACUGCAGUUUGCUGCAUGCACUCGCUUCAGUGCAGGAAGUGAGGAGAUUUACUGAGAACUGUAAUGUCACAUUAUGAACAAAGAUACUGCAACACAUUUACAGUUCAAUGUUCUAUUUAAUUUUUUAUAUCUUAUUAUUAUGGUUAUUACUCUUAAUGAGGACUUCUGUCUAUAUCAGGGUGCUUCUCAUAAAAAGGACGCGCCAACGCACGGAUGGUAAAACCUUUGUGAAUAUUAUUAUAAGCAACGCUCAAGGUUUUCUGGAUAUUUCCAUGCACUUUGUUAAGACCCCCCCCCCCCCCCAUUGCUUCUGGAUUUCCCCAUCGUCACCCACUAACAGCUUUGUAGGAGGCACUUUUAAUGUUUUCUCUCUCACAAAGAUUUGAAGAAAAAUGUGCAUAUAUUUAUUCUGUAAUUUCAGUGAAGACUUUAAUUGUAAAGGUAAUGUUAAAUCAAUGUAUAGUGAUUAUGCGUCUGGUAUAGCCUUCUUAAUAAAAAACAAACUCUUCAGUCAUAUAAUGAGAGGGUUGAUGCCGCAGGGACCUGUGUGUGCACUGCUUUUCACAGGCUGUGUAUUUGGUGUCUUGUUGAAGCUGUGAACAACCGCCAACAGAUAAAAGUGCGAGAGAUUGAAUAAGGGUGAACCAAACAAGUGCGAGAGCUGAUCGUUGUGGAGGGCAAACCCAUUUAAAUUCAGUUGAGCUCCUUAAAAAUGAACACGUUUUUAAAGGUUAUCUUCACAAUAGCUCCAAAAUUAGGUAACAGGCCAAAUAAUCCCCACCUGCCAGAUCUGAUGUAAAAUCAACCUGCACGCCAAGUCAAGUGAAUGCUGCUACUUUUGAUGUGGAUCAUGCCAGCUGAUACCAAAUGAGUGAGCAUGCUGGGAUUUUCCUUAUCUAAACGGGUAAAAGUCACUGAUGGGGUGAAGACAACUGUGACUGGCCAGAGCUUGUUAUAUUUGCUGAUCUUGUUGUGACUCUCUCUAAAGUAGCAGUAACAGCAUCAGCCACUGGGGGGCACUGAACAGGCAUUUAGGCAGAUUGAAUGCAAUUAUGACAGUAAAUGCACAAAUUAAUAAUUAAUAAAAUCUUAGGUCAUAUUCAUAACCAGGUUUUAUUUAUUUAACUAUAUUUAUAUGCAAAAAGGGGAUAAGAUGUAUUUCAGUUGUUAACUUAAACCAUUGAUAUUAUCUGGUGUACAGUUGAAUUAAGAAGGUCAGGAAAAAAAAAACGGAACUCGAAAAGCUGAAUUUAACACAAUGGGUUUGUUUAGUUUUGCUCAGGAUUGCUGAUCGCUCAUAUUAUGUGCAUUACAAUUCCUAGUGAUAAAUUUAUCUUCAAUGGUCUUCUCCACAGCAGCCAUCAAUUGCUUCACUUUCAGCUUUGAGAUUCAUCAUUACAAAUUUCUCUCUCCUUCUGUUUUGGGACCAAAAAAAUAAAUAAAUAUAUAUAUAUCUAAGUUGAAGCAGCUGUGGAGCAAAUAUUGUGAUACAGUACACAUCGUCAGUUUUAAUUUGAAAGAAAUAUAUAUAUGAUGCAAACUUGAUGUCUUUAAAUUUGUGAAUAUUUGUGGAAAGAUGGGUGAAUUUCUGUUUUGCUUUGAAAUUGGCAUGAUAUGCAAUCUGCUUUUAUUUUGAUAGAUUUACUAGGAGUAGUGAUCCUCAAUUGGAAUCGUGUGUUUCUCACGUGUCAACUUACACUAAGUGGAAGAUAUGUAGCAAACCACAUGCUCCGCUGCCGGGCGGGAAGCUCCUUAGCUAGUUUAGACCAGUUCAGUAUAGACCAUCAAUGAUUCAGUCUAUGCUUACACAAUGUGGAGCCUUUUACCUUGUGUUGUAUGCAUUGUUUCAUUUUCUUGACAAUUACUGUUGCUGGGUGGAAGUCACCUUCAUUCAAAGCCUUUGUAAGCAUGGGAUUAUUUUACCAGCCCUUUUGUUUUCUACUCAAAGUUUCACCUUGCUGUAUCGUCAUGUUCUGCUGCCCCCACCUCAUAUAGCUGCUUUUUAUACUCCUCACACAUAUAGAUACAUGCAUAUACACACCAACCCCCUCCUAUCCCUGACCAAGAGGUUACAAUGUGCUCAGCAUUGACAGUGUGCGAUUUGGUUUGAUUAAAAUCAUACUGCAUUCCUCUGUUAACCCCAACUCCAACAUCUCCUCACCCUCAAAUGAACAAAUAAAGUUUUGGGAUCAUCUAUGA